AUGAAGAAUCUUUCUGGACAGAAUUUAUUUACAGACUUUAAACUGAAUGGUUUCUACAGCCUAGACGAAUGGAGGCCUUUUUUAUUCAUCCCUUUCUUUCUCUUGUUUGUAUUGUCUAUUUCUGCAAAUUCCAUAGUCGUAUAUUUAAUCGCAUCUCAAAAAUCUCUACAUUCUCCUAUGUAUGUAUUAAUAGGUCUUAUGGCUGUUGUACACUUGAUCUUGCCCAUAUUUUUUGUACCUCACAUGCUUUUCAGCUUUUUAUUUAACUGGAAUGGAAUAUCUCUAACUGGUUGUUUGAUACAAAUGUUUUGCAUUCAUUAUGUUGGAGCGUUUCAGUCUACUUUCCUUUUGUGGAUGGCAAUAGACCGUUACUUUGCGAUAUGCGAACCUCUUUAUUAUCAUAAAUACAUGGAAAUCCGCAAUUUUAUGAAGUUUGUUGUUGUACUGGUCAUCAGGAAUGGACUCCUGACUAUCACCAUGGUCUCUCUGGCUGGAAAGCUGUCAUAUUGUGUAACAAAUAUCAUUGAUCACUGUUUUUGUGAGCACAUGGCAUUGGUUCAGUUGGCAUGUGGUGAUAUAUCCAUCAAUAACCUAGUAGGACUUUUGACAGCUUUCCUUAUACCAACUGCAGAUUGUAUUCUCAUCAUUGUCUCUUAUGUUGUCAUUUUUGUCUCUGUGUUCAGAUCCGGUAAGGCACAAAUGAAGGCCAUUAAUACCUGCAUUACUCACUUGAUUGUUUUGACUUGUAGUUUGAUUUUUGCUUUGACUGCUUUUAUGUCAUACAGAACAAAAAAUAAUUUUUCUUCUAGUAGUCGUGUAUUUGUGAGCACGAUGUACAUAUGUUUUCCAAGUUGUUUUAACCCUAUCAUUUAUGGCCUGAGAACAAAAGAAAUAAGACAAAAGCUUCUGCAAUUUUUAAAUAAUAUAAAGGUUUUACCCCUGUAA